UAGGAACUCUGACAGCAGAAGUCGGGACUGCAGAAUUAGUGAACAGUUCUGAAACACGGUUAGACCUGUGCUGGGGGAAGAAGGACGUACUGCGUUUGACCAAGGACAUUGGUUUGACAGGAGGGUGACACCACAGGCAGCAAAGCCUAAUUCACAUAGGAAUCCUGCAAGGUAUCCCCACAAGCAAAUUCAUAUCUGGACGCACUAAGAGAGGAGCUGGGUAAGGGAGGUGCCAGGUACCAGCGUCACUGAUGGUGUGGUUUCUCGACUUCAGUGCAUCACCAAGCCAAGGAGGCAUCAAGUCCAACACUGGGAAGUCGCCGGGAAGGAGACAUCUCUCAGCAUCUUCCGGGAACAACUACAGCUGGAAUGUCCAUGGUGGAACUGAUCCCAAUGAGAGGUUGUCUAAUGCCAAGUAUGCCAUCUCCACAGUCAGAAAGGCCAGUGUUCGCGUGUACGCCAUGCCAGUGGACCUGUGUUCGUGUGUGCGCCAUGCCAGAGGACCUGUGUUCGUGUGUACGCUAUGCCAGAGGACCUGUGUUUGUGUGCACGCCAUACCAGAGGACCUGUGUUCGUGUGUACGCCAUGCCAGAGGACCUGUGUUUGUGAUCACGCCAUACCAGAGGACCUGUGUUCGUGUGUACGCCAUGCCAGAGGACCUGUGUUUGUGUGCACGCCAUGCCAGUGUACGUGUGUACGCCAUACCAGAGGACCUAUGUUCGUGUGUACGCCAUGCCAGUGGACGUGUGUACGCCAUACCAGAGCUGUGUUCGUGUGUACGCCAUACCAGAGGACCUGUGUUCGUGUGUUAAGUUCUUACAUAUCUUACAAGGGUUUGAUCGUCUAAAACAGAAACAUUUUGCAGAAAUGACUUGACAUUGGAAUUGACUUGACAUUGGUAUGAUAGGAAGUAAAUGAUUUGUGAUGUUACAUUUAUAACUUUAGCUGAUAUUAAGAUUCUCUUUGUCUACAUGGGACAUUGUCGGCAGGGCUGAUCACAAUCUCUUGUUGGUGGCAAGGUGCUUGAGUGUGUUUUGUUGACACCCUGAGUGAUGUUGUUGGUAGGUAGCUAGGGCAUUUUGUGAGUGGGGGCUUCUUUUGCAUACGGAACUUCAGCCGUUUCUGUGGUGUACAGGCCUGGUGUGUGGCUGGUUUGGCUUCCGUGACUGUGUUGAUGGCUGAGAUUGUGUUCGGAGUUACUGCGAAGUUCAGUCCUUUAGAAAGCAGGGAUUUCCUGGAUCUGUUGGCUUGUGACGACUUGGGUUCUUCUACCACCUGUCGGCUUUUCUGCCUUGUGUGAUGGUCUAGGGCCGGGAACCUACUAGUAGACCAUUACAUAAGAUGCCCUGUGUCGUAAUCUUGGCUCCCGACCCAAGACGACGGCACAGGGCCAGAAAGGAAGGCAGGUGGUUGAAGAGUGCAAGUUGCUGUGAGCGGACAGAACCUGGAAGUCUCGGUUCUCUGAAGGACAGAACUUUGCAGUAACUUCGAAUGCAGUCUCGGCCAUGGACAUGGUCACAGAAACCGAAUCGGCCAUACAUCGGGCCUGAAUACCGCAGGAACAGGCUGAAGCGCUGUGUGUAGAAGUAGCCACUGCUCUCAGAAUGUCCUAACCCCCUACUGGGAGCAUUACUCGGGGCGUCAUCAAAAUGUACUCAACACCUUGCCGCCUAUCAAGAGAUCAUGAUUCUCUCUACUGAUAAUGCUUCAUGUAGAUAGAGGGGAUGGUUAAACAUUUCUAGGUUGAACCUAGAACUGAAACUACAAUCACAAAUCAAGUUACUUCCUGUCAUGCCCCCAGCAGUCUGUAGAUGAAGUUCUUCUUUUCACAGAAUACAAAGUGUACAAUUUUAUAGCCAUCACGUAUGUUAUAUUUCAUAGAUAAGCAUAGUUCAGCUUAAAAGAGUUACGUCUUUCCAAUAUUGUUUUGAAACAGAUGAUUUUGCUUCCCUUUAAAUGUAUAAAUCAUAUGCUAUUCUAGUACGAGAGUGGCUGACAAUGAAUUGAUGUUCUGCUUUUUUGUCCUUUGCAUAGGUCCUAUGUGACUAUAAGUAGAUGUUUUUGCCCUCUAGCACUGUAAGCACUGGCACCUUUGAGCAAGUUACAUUGAUUUGUUUUGCUAUCAGCGCAAGUAGUCUUUUCUCAUUUUCCUCAGUUAUGGACUUUUCAGGGUCAAAUAGUGUACGUACUGUGUUCUAAUGGCGUCUGGAUUUGACUGUAGCCAGUACUUACUUGGACUUAGCAGCUCCCACGUCGUGCCACGCAUGAGGCAUUUAGAGUAUUCCAGCACGCUCUAUCUGCAGCCAGUCUCAUCACAUCCUCCAUCUCUUGCCCACUGGCAGGAGAUCUCUGUCAACUGUCUGCUGGCAGUUCAUCUACUUGUAGCCAGUAGUCGUUGUUUAAAAGAUAAUGCUAUACACAGUACAAAUUGGUCUGUUUCUUGUUUAACAUUCUUUUCCAUGUUUUCCUUCCAUGAAGGCCUUUUGUUCUCACUUUAUAUUUCGUGAGAUCAAUCGACUUUUUCGUUUGGGUACUUCUAAUCUAUUUCUGUGAUCAACGUUUGAAAAUGUCAAGUACAACCUGACCAAAAUAUUGUACACUUUGUUUCCCCGAAUGUAUCAAGAAAUGUUAUUGAAUAAACAGUUUGAAACCA